UUCAAGAACAGCAAAAAAAGACCUGCUCUUUCUCGCAGCAUCACCAAGGACUAGGAAACUCCUCGAUCCCCACCAAGAAAAUGACGAGUUUUUUACCCGAGACCUCCCGAAAAAUCUUCACCCCUGAAGCCCUCCGCUCCGCUGCCAAACAGUCCCAGCGCUGCCUCGUCGUCCCCGUCCACCUCCGCCGCGCCAUCAAGAAAUACCUUCGAGAGCAAGAGGAGCCGCACGUGAAGAGGAAGGUGCUGCGGCUGUCGGAGUCGCUCAAUGCAAUCAAGGAAGUGAACUCGCAGCUGGUGACGACGUCGUCUAGAGAGCUUGUAGAGGACCCACUUAAGUCUUCGGAGCAGUCAAAGCAGCGGUGGAAGAUCAAGAGCUCCUACGGCGACAUUGGGUUCAAGUACAGGGACGAUGAGACCAUUGCCUACGUCGCGUCGAGAAUGCCCGCCGUGUUCUCCGCUUGUUACCGGGUUCUCAAGGAGGUUCGUAGAAGGCUACCGGGUUUCUCUCCGGCUAGAGUGUUGGAUUUUGGUGCUGGAACGGGUUCAGCUUUCUGGGCACUGCGAGAAGUCUGGCCAGAGUCUCUGGAGAAAAUUAAUUUAGUAGAGCCAUCCCAGUCGAUGCAGCGUGCCGGCCGGAGCCUCAUACAAGGUCUGAAGAACCUGCCACUUAUUCAUGGUUAUGAUAGCAUUCAAGCGCUUACUAAAAGCAUCAAAAAGUCAGAGAGAGAACAUGACCUUGUAAUUGCUUCCUACGUGCUUGGGGAGAUACCGUCACUGAAGGAUAGAAUUACUGUAGUACGCCAGCUUUGGGAUCUUACACAGGAUGUUUUGGUUUUAGUUGAGCCUGGAACACCGCAAGGAUAUAACAUCAUAUCUCAAAUGCGAUCUCAUAUAUUAUGGAUGGAGAAUAGGAAAUGCCGUAAAUCUAAAGCUGCAAACAUAGCUUCAAAGGACUUGGUGGUGGCUCAAAAAAGUAGUGCAUUUAUAGUUGCUCCUUGUCCUCAUGAUGGGCCAUGUCCAUUGGCAAAAACCAGUAAAUACUGUCAUUUUGUCCAGCGCUUGGAGAGGACAUCAUCACAACGUGCCUACAAGCGUUCCAAGGGGGAGCCACCUUUACGUGGCUUUGAGGAUGAGAAAUUUUGUUUUGUUGUUAUCAGACGAGGACAAAGACCAAGGGAACCUUGGCCUCUUGAUGGCACGGAGUUUGAGACAUUGAAGGAGCAGCAGGCGAAAAGAAAUCCAGAAGAUCUUGAAAUUGAAUAUGAGGACCUAAUUAAGUUACAACAAGAAGCUGAUGAUAAUCCAUAUGAACAAGUGGAUCCAUCUACGUAUGAUUCUGAUGCUAUGGAAAGUGAUGCUCAGGAAGAGGAUGAAGGAGAAGAACAAGAGGAAGAGGAACAAGAACAAGAAGAAACAACCUCUGCUGAUCUUGGGGGUGGAUGGGGCAGGAUUAUCUUUCCAUCUGUUCGACGGGGCAGGCAGGUUACAAUGGACAUCUGUCGAUCAACCAAACGAGAUUGCUCUGAGGGUUCAUUCGAGCGUUUGGUCAUCACAAAGAGUAAGAAUCCUACAUUACAUCACCAGGCCCGCAAAUCUCUCUGGGGUGACUUGUGGCCCUUUUGAAGUUAUGAAGUGUAUUUACUUUUUUGACUCAGUAAUCACUAAAGAGAAUGCAAACCAAAUUUUGAUGUUGAGUUUUAUGUUCAUUUUCUAGUUGCCCUUUGUAUAAUAGUCUUAAGAUGGGAAACAAAAAAAAAAAAUGUAUGUAAUUGAGGACAGGGUUAGAUUAGAUGAUGAUGUUGGAAGCAAAAA